UGCUUGUCAGGAAGCAAGCUGAUUGGCCGAGGCCUAGCAAAGAGUGGCCGGGGAUCCUAAACUGCAGGCCGCACUUAGCUUACCGUCAAAAAUAAACUAAAAAAGUAACAGACACUUUCUGCAAGAGGGAGGCACAAGAAUACAGUCAGAAGACGACGUUAUCAGAUUGAGUUAAUUGAUGGAAGAAGGCAUGCUAGUUAUCGUGUUGGUUUUAUUAUAAAGAUCUCACUAAAUGUGAAGUAAGUUUUUACUGGAUCAAAACAUGGAUCAAGGAGGAGGGGUAUUGGAGCUGCACGCUCAGGAGCUGAAGAUGCCGCAUGCUAUGAUCAUGCAAGACUUUGUUGCAGGCAUGGGAGGUCUUGCUCACAUUGAUGGCGAGCACAUUGUGGUGUCCGUGCCUGAGGGGAUGCUUCUCUCCGAUGUGAUGACGGACGAGGGCAUUCUCCUGGAGCAUGAGCUUGAGGUGGAAGGUCUGGAAACCCACGUAGUUGAAGGUCUGGAGGCGGAAGUGGUUGAAGGACUAGAGACUGAAGUGGUGGGAGGCUUACAUGCAGACGUUGAAGGCCUGGAGGCAGAAGUGGUUGAUGGGCUGCAGACGCAGGUGGUGGAGUUGGAGGCUCAGGUGGUUGAGGGCUUAGAGGGUGAGGUCGAAGUUGCGGCUCUCGAGGCCCAGGUGGUGGAGGGCCUGGAAGCUGAGGUAGAUGUAGAAGGGCUGGAAGCUCAUGUUGUGGAGGGGCUUGAAGAGGAGGUGGAAGUGGAGGGCUUAGAGGCUGAGGUUGUUGAAGGUCUUGAAGUAGAUGUGGAAAGUCUCCACUCUCAGGGAGUAGAGGCCCACGAAAUAACCGCAGAAGACAUGGUUGCCACAGGACACAGUGUGAUCAUGCCUGACAAUAUAUUGGGGACCGAAGUGGCGAUUGAGGAAGCCUUGGAAGCCCAUCAUCACCAUGUUUUAACGUCAGACCUCAUCCAGGACCCAAAUCACCACCAUGACGACAUGCCUGACCAGGUGUUUGUAGCUGAGCUACUCUCUGAUCACCAAGACAGUACAUUGGACCACCAGCUGGUGUCAGAAGGAUUGAUGGUGACAGAAGCCAACUCAGAGACCAUCAUUCAUCAACAGUUGCCAAAUGAGGGUGUUCCUUUACAGACAGACGAGGAUGAUGAUGGAAGAAGCAGCUCAGAGGAUUACCUUAUGAUCUCCCUUGAUGAGGUGGGAGAGAAGUUGGACAUAGGAGACACUCCCCUGGAGAUCAGUACUGAGGUAAUGGACAAGGAAAUCAAAGAGGAGGAAGAGUCUGAGGUCAUCAAGGUUUACAUCUUUAAAGCUGAAGCAGACGAUGACUUAGGAGGAACAGAGGUGAUAACAGAAGAUGAUUACCAAAAUGGCCAUCCUGACCUGGAAGCAGCUUCCUCAGGCAGGCUGGGAGUUGGCCGGGACAAGAUGGUCUACAUGGCUAUCAAGAACCCACCUAAGGAUGAAGAGGAAGAAGACGAGGAAGAUGACGACGAUGACGAUGAUAGUGAUGAUGAUGACGAUGAUGUAGACAUCAGUACUACCAUUGAUCAGGUGAAGAAUGGAGUUGCUGCACCUUAUUUACAAAUCCGUGAGGGGCUGGGCGCUAACAGAGCUCUGAAAUCCAAAGUUAGGAGGAAGAGGAAAGGAGAUACAAGGCAGUGUCAGACUGCUGUUAUCAUUGGGCCAGAUGGGAUGCCUUUGACGGUUUAUCCCUGCCACAUCUGCGGAAAGAAGUUCCGUUCGAGGGGCUUCCUCAAAUGCCAUAUGAAGAACCACCCCGACCAUUUACUCAAGAAGAAGUACCAGUGUACCGACUGCGACUUUACCACCAACAAAAAGAUCAGUUUCCACAAUCAUUUGGAGAGUCACAAGCUCUUGAGCCACAACAGUGAGCGAUCUCCAGAAUAUACCGAGUACACGCGGCGCUAUCACGAGUCCAGCCCUUUGGGCUCCGACAAGCUCAUCGUUAAGGACCCGGAACCCAAACUGCAUCACUGCAAGUACUGUGAUUAUGAGACCGCUGAACAGGGUCUGCUCAAUCGCCAUCUGCUGGCAGUGCACAGCAAGAACUUUGCACACGUGUGUGUGGAGUGUGCCAAAGGCUUUCGUCAUCCGUCGGAGCUAAAAAAGCACAUGCGGACCCACACAGGGGAGAAGCCCUACCACUGUCCGCAUUGCGAGUUUCGUUGUGCAGACCAGUCAAACCUAAAAACUCACAUCAAGAGCAAGCAUGGCGCCGACCUGCCUUUCAAGUGUAGCCACUGUCCCCAAGCUUACGCCGACGCACGGGAACUCCAGCGUCACAUGGAGACUGUGCAGGGCCACAAGACCCACCAGUGUCCGCACUGCGAACACAAGAGCACCAACUCCAGUGACCUGAAACGGCACAUCAUUUCAGUACACACCAAGGACUUCCCCCACCAGUGUGACGUGUGUGAAAAAGGCUUUCACAGGCCUUCAGAGUUGAAAAAACACGCAGAGACACACAAAGGCAACAAAGUGCACCAGUGCCGGCACUGCAACUUCAAUGCUCCCGACACAUUCACCCUGAGUCGCCACAUCCUGUCCAUGCACACAAAGGAUCUGCCCUUUAAGUGCAAGCGCUGCCGGCGAGGUUUCCGGCAACCAGCGGAGCUGAAGAAGCACAUGAAGACGCACAGUGGUCGAAAGGUUUAUCAGUGCCAGUAUUGCGAGUAUAACAGUACGGACGCUUCUGGCUUCAAACGCCACGUCAUCUCAAUUCACACCAAGGACUAUCCCCACCGCUGUGAUUACUGCACCAAGGGCUUCAGGAGGCCUUCAGAGAAAAGCCAGCACAUAGCAAGGCAUCACAAAGACAUGUUGAUGUAACGUCACAAGCACUCCUUUAACCGAGUAAAUCUGUGUCACACACCCAGAGGUCAUUUUAGUCGAUCAGAAAAGACUGAUGCAGGCAUUGAAGACAUUAUAUUUGCCGUUCUGUGUUGGAAUAAACCUCCUCCCACGGGUGAUGCUAAAAAAUACCCAUUUAGACGGAACAAAGUCUAAAAAAAAACAACAAAAAAGUUGUACACACCAGGUGGGCCAGCUGUAAAUUCUUUUCUGUUGCAGAAAAUGGCAUAUGAGCAUUUAUUCAGGGUUUCAAAUGUCUAUAUUUUUAUAUCCACUCAGCUGAAAUGCUGCACGCCGACUGUCAGUGCUUUGUGAAACAUCAUGCUAGUUCUUACUACGUGGAAUGAGUACAGAAGACCUUUGCCUCCAUAGAAAUAACCCCCCCCCCUCCCCCUCCCAUUGGAACAAGCUGCUCCUCCCCUGGCAUUUGUUUGGUGCUGUCUGAUCUUAGACUGCGUUCAAACUUUUCAGUCACGUCUGGACGCAUUCUGCAUCUUGGGGGGGUUCUAAAAAAAAAAAAGAAAAGAAAUUAAUAGUUGAACUUCCAUCAUUUUUAAAUUGUCCUCCCAGCUUAAACACUUGGAGUUCUAUUAAGUUAAUAAUGUAUUGAAAAUGUAGUAGAUAUUUUAUUAAAUGUGUCUUAAAAGUUGAGUCAGAGAUGUGUUUCAAUCAACCACCUCCAGCAAGGAGCAAGCAGAACUGGCAUAUUAGAUCACCCGUUUUUUGUACACGACAGUGACAUUUGGUGAUUCCACCUGCUACGAUGUUGCAGAUAUUUCACCGAUGUAGUAUUAUGAAUAUUAUUUUAGUAUGAAAAAAGUGACAUAUGGUUGGCUCCACAUUAAAAAACAACAACCUCUGUAUUCAUCUGCCACAGUUGAGUUGCAUACGUGUGGUAUUAGCUAUGACACAGAUGUACUUUAACCAUUUGAUUGCAAUCAUGCCUUACAUCUGGUCGUUUUCACUCUUGAAACACUGAGGAACAUAGUUAAUCAGAGAAGAAGUGAUUCUUAACUCUCAAACAUGCACAGCUCUAUGAUUUGUUUGAGUCAGUAGAAAGCACUUUAAAAAAUGUUUUUUUUUAUUAUUGAUUUUGUUGGUAUUUUAACAUGUAUGGGAGUUAAUUAUCUGGGGAUGUGUCUAUAUAUUUAUAUACAUGUCCUUGGGGAGGGGGAAAAACACAUUAAAAGCUUAGUGGGAAAGGUAAACGUCGUUUUUCUUUCGAGUGUUAACUCUAACCAGUGGGCACGAUUCACCACAGCAUCAAACUGUCACUGCUUUGUGGGUGAAAGAGUUCUUGUUUUGUUUCUAUGGAUAAGUGAUUGGGUUUUGUGUUUUGUGCUCACUAACAAGUAUCCCGGACACUAGUCUUUUCCACUUAACCCGCCCCAGUCCCAGACCUGGGCUUGUUUUCCUGACAUCAGUGGUCAUUAGUCUUUUCAAGUAUGCACAUAUGCUGUCUACAUGAAAUUCAUUGUGAUAUAUAUAUUAAAAAUCCCCACAUUUUGUGUACCCUAGUCAUUUUUUCCCCCUUCAGUCUGGAUAAACUCCUGGCGGGGAAGACCCAAAAUAAACUAUCUUUUUAACA